GUCUCUCUAACAGAUUUAAAGAUUAUGUAUUCGUUUUUAUUUUCUUUGUUUGAUCUAAGAGGAAUCUGUUUAUAGAUCAUAAAUCUAUUUGGUUACUUCUGAUUUUGAUGCGUCAGUGAGCUUUGAAAGUGAGAAGAGACAGCUCAAAAUUUCAUAGACACUAAAGGAUAGUAUCAGCCAAGGAUGUUGUGGCCACAAUGGUUUUGUCUAAACGGUGGGAGUUGCUUUGGACACUAGUGCCUAAACUCAUAUAUGAUGAUAGUUAUCAAAAUAUCGAGUAUGGAAGCUUUUCUCGGUUUGUAGACAAGUCUUUGCUUUUGCACGAGGCACCUGUUAUAGAAAUUUUGUGUUUCAAGCUUGGUAGAAGGUGCGAUGCUGCAGAUAUCAGUGUAUGGACCAGAACUGCAGUUAAACGCUGUGUACGUUGCUUGAUUGUUGACAUUGAUUGUUCUUCAAGUAAGAUUCCUUUCAUACUUCCAAAGAGUUUAUAUACAGGCUGUACAAUGCUUGUGACCUUGAAACUAAACAGCGUGGUUAUUUUGGAAGUUUCUUCCUUGGUUUCUUUUCCAUCCCUCAAAACUUUGAGCCUUUCAUCUGUGAGGUAUCCAAACGAUGCUUUUGUCAAGAGGCUUUUAUCCAAUUGCCUUGUUCUUGAAGCCUUACUUGUGGAACGAGACCCCAAUGACAAUGUGACCAUUUUCACUGUUAUAGUGCAUUCUCUAAAGAGUUUAUUCUUACGUGAGUCACCAAAAAGUGUUAAGAAUGAUGCUCGUGGGUUUGUCAUUGAUGCUCCUUCUUUGGAGUGCUUAGACAUUGUUGAUCAUAAGGGUGGGUUUUGUAUCAUUGAGAAUGAUAUGCCUAAAAUUGUAAAGGCUGAUGUUGACGUCCUUUAUGUUCAUCCUGGGAAGAUUUUGGGGUCUAUUACUUCUGCCAAGCGUCUCCAUCUGUGUUUAUCAACUUCAAAGAAUGCAUAUCCUGUUGGUAGUGUCUUCCACCGUCUUGUGCAUUUAAGGCUGUGCACAUGUGAGACAGAAUGGCUGAAUCUACUCAUGCGUAUACUAAUAGACUCCCCUAAGUUACGGGAGCUCAUCCUUGAAAAGUACCAUGAGCAGCCAUAUGAAGCUAGUCUAUGCUGGAGUGAACCUAGCUCUAUCCCUGAGUGUGUGAUAUCAAGUCUUGAAACUCUGGAAUGGGUAAAAUAUGAAGGAACUGAGGAAGAGAAAGAUGUAUCGACAUUUAUCUUAAGAAAUGCAAAAUGUUUAAAGAAGGCAACUAUCUCCUCCAACUCCAACGAUCCCAACAAGAAACUUCAGAUGCUCAAGGAAUUGUCAUCGUCCCCCAGACGCUCACCUACCUGCCAGCUUAUAUUUGACUGAAGCUAUUAAGGUAAUAUGAUCAUCUGUUGGUAUGUCAAUGUUUGACUCGAAUCUUAGUUAUGUUGAAAGGUUAUGUUUGAGCUAUUUGAAUUUCUUAUGUUUUUGGCUUUAUGCUCUCUGAGAGACUUACGGAAGAACCAUUGUCUUACUUGGUUUAUCAGCAUUAAGCAUUGUUUUGGUCUUUUCUCCUUUUAUGUAAAUGUAGUGUAGCUUGGUA